AUGAAUGAUCCUCAUAUCUGGUACAGAGAUAAGGAUAUUGUUCAUAUUGGUGGUGUUAGACGUUAUCAUAUCAAAUAUACCAAACAAGAUGAACGAAAUGAUAUCUUUUUCCGAUUGAAAAACAUCGAAAAAGCUCCUAUCAGAGCCAUUCACAUGUUAAAUGGACCUUUUAUCUUAUAUUGUCAUGUAAUUCCAUGGAAUUACCACCAUAAUAAACCUUUGGAACAAGAUUCUAGAGAAGUUCAUUUUAAUAACGAACUUAAACCGGGACAAACAUUCAAUAUUAAGUUGUUGUUGAACGACAAUUCCAAAAUUCAUGAUAAUGUCUAUGGGUGGAAAAUAGAUAUCAUAUCGCAGAUAGUUAUCACCAGUAACACCUCGGUUUUGUAUGAUAUGUUGAUUGGAGAUGACUUGGCGGUAUUGAAGAAAGUCAAUAAGGGUCCUUUCAAGAGUUUGACCACGUUAUCGGGGGAUUCGGUUACAUAUAUGAAACUUAAUGAAGCAUCCAAUCCUCAAUUAUCGGUGGAAAAGUUUACUGACGAAGACAUAUGGUCACGACCACCCGAUUAUAAUCAACCGGUUCAUCUUGUGAUCUUAACCCAUGGGAUUUUCUCUAAUUUAACUGCUGAUAUGUUAUACCUUAAAGAAUCGCUAGAAUCCAACGUUGACGAUAAUUUGUUGAUAAAAGGAUUUGAUGGCAAUGCUGGAAAGACCGAAGGAGGUGUUAAGAAACUAGGGUCUAAGCAAGGAAAGUAUUUGAUUUCAUUGAUUGAUAAUCUUUUGAGUCAAGGCAUUGAAAUCGAGAGAGUCUCUUUUAUUGGUCAUUCACUAGGUGGUCUUGUACAACUUUACUCCAUCAAGUAUAUGUUAGAUCACGAGAAGAAUUUUUUCACUAAGAGGAAUAUUAAACCUCAUAAUUUAGUGUUUAUGGCAAGUCCAUUAUUAGGGAUUUUAAAUGAGAUCAGUUUUAUCUUAUCGUGGUUAUUGGAUUUAGGGACUUUGGGUAAAACUGGAAGGGAUUUAACUUUGAGUAGAUCAAAAUUGAAAGGUAGAGCGUUAUUGGAUGAGUUACCAGAAGAUUUACAUGAGUUUAUGAAAAGUUGUUCAAACUUGAUCAUUUAUGCUAACAUCAUCAAUGAUGGGAUUGUUCCCUUAAGAACCAGUGCAUUAUUAUACCUAGAUUAUGUGACCAUGGAUGAUGUCCGAGCAUUGAAACAUAAUAAAGAUAACGAUAACACUGAUGUAGGGCAAAUAUCUGAAGAAAAUUCUAAGAAGGAUAAGAAUAACUCUUUCAAAAAGUAUAAACAAUUAGUUUCAUUGAAUUUCAAUCUCAAUAAUACCAGAAAGAGAGAUAAACUCCUGAAAAAGAUUCUUAGAAUCAACGCUCGUGGUUCAGAUAACCUCACCGAUAGUGGCAGCAGUACACCUAUUGAAAAACAGAGUAAAGCUAGUUUCAAUGAUAAUGAAGACCAUGAAAAUGACGACAAUAACAGUGUAGAAUUGAGUCAAGAAGAUGCUGAAGAUGUUGAUCACAUGGACGAUAAUACGGCUUUACAAUACAGCGAGGCUUUGAACCUUCCUCCAAAAGCCUCUAUUGUUCAAUCAGCCCUCAAUACUAUUAUCUGUCCCGUGCCUAACCAAGAUUAUAUAAUCAACCCUGAGGGAAGAGAACCGGUUAUAUUUCAUGAUAGGUUUUAUCAAUAUAAUGAUAUACCCGUUGAUGAAGAGGUAACUGGAUUGUUCCAGAAACCAAAGAAACAAGUCAGAAUUGCUCAAAAGUAUCAUGAUGAAUUAAACUGGAGGAAAAUCCUCGUGAAACUCCCACCAGAUGCUCAUAAUAAUAUCGUGGUACGUCGAAGGUUCUCCAAUGGGUAUGGAUGGGGAGUCAUUGACCAUUUAUGUCAAGUAUUCAAUGAUACUAAUGCGAGGCCGCUAGAACGGUUGAAAAGUAAAAUUUAA